AUGAUUGCUGGGACCAGGGACAGUGUGUCGCUCCUGAUAAGUGUCUCUGCCAUUGCGGAUUCCAGGGCCCCCUCUGUGAACAACCCAUUUGUCAUGUGGCCUGUGCUACUGGAGGGACCUGUUUUCCACCCUUUCGCUGUGUCUGUCCCCCGGGAUACACUGGGCUCACCUGCCAAACAGCCAUCUGCAACCCUGCAUGCCCACCUCUUCAGCGAUGCCAGGCUCCAAACUUGUGCUCAUGCCCUCCUGGGCUCACAGGGCCACAGUGUACAGCUGUACCAGGCUCUGAUCCCCAGUCUAGUCCAAGGCUCUGUACCAGUCUACAUCCAGGCUGUGAUCCCCAGUCUAGGCCGUUUUUUCUGGCGCCUCAGUCUCUCUGGACACCUGACCUCCUCGCGGCCUACUCGCAUCAGCCGCUUCUGGUGGGGUUUCCCGAGCAACCUGGAGCACGUAGACGCUGUGUAUGAGCGGCAGUCUGACCACAAGAUCAUCUUCUUCAGAGGUGAUGGGCUCGAAGCCUUGGGUGCCCAGUACUGGCUCUUUCAGGAUAAUGUGUUGCAGGAGGGGUACCCGCGACCUAUAUCCGACUUUGGGCUCUCCGUCAGUGGGAUCGAUGCAGUCUUCUCUGGGAUUUUUGAUGGGAAAACCUAUUUCUUCAGGAAUGGCCUCAUGUGGAUUUAUGAUGAGAGGGAAGAGAAACUGGAUCCUAACUCCCCCUCGGAAUUCUGGCCCUGGGCUGAGAUCCCUCGAAAGAUUGACAGUGCCCUGAGCUGGAAAGAUGCCAAUUUACUGGGAAUUGUGAUCCUGUCCUGCAGACAGUGUGGUCUCUCUAACUGCACCACUCGCUACCUCGUGGCCAUGGCAACUGCAGAUCUUCUGGUCAUUCUCACUGAGGUCUUACUGCGGCGGAUCAGUUAUUAUUAUUUCCACAUGACUUUCCUGGACAUCACCCCUGUUUGCAGUGUUCGCGCUGUCCUGCUCUCUGCUGCUACAGACUGCUCUGUCUGGUUUACUGUAAGUUUUUCCUUUGAUCGAUAUGUGUCCAUUUGUUGCCAGAAGCUGAAAACAAUGUAUUGCACUGAGAGAACCACGAUUGUUGUUCUAGCGACAACCUGCACCCUGCUCUGUUUAAGAAACAUCCCUUUCUACUUUAUCUUUGAACCUUGGGUGAUAAUCGACAAUGUCCUUUGGUUCUGUGUUGUAAAACCAAACGUUUAUAAUGAUCCUGCAUGGGUGGGAUUUUCAUGGUUAGAUGCAGUUUUGACACCAUUGCUCCCAUUUGCUUUAAUUCUUUUGCUUAAUGCACUGACAGUCAGGCACAUUUUAGUGGCCAGUCAAGCUCGUAAGAGAUUGCGGGGUGAAAGCAAGGGAGAGAAUCCAAGAGACCCAGAGAUGGAGAACCGAAGGAAGUCUGUGAUUUUGCUCUUUGCCAUAUCUGGCAGCUUCAUCCUCCUGUGGUUGGUUUCUGUUAUAGAAUUCCUAUAUUAUCACAUUACAGGGGCAGAUCCCAGGCACUACACACAGUCUGAAGUUAUCUUUAGACAAAUUGGAGUGAUGUUGGUGAAUUUAAGUUGCUGCACAAACACUUUUAUUUAUGGGGUGACUCAGUCCAAGUUCAGAGAGCAGGUCAAGAGUUUGAUGGAAUAUCCAGUUACAGCAAUUGUUCAAUUCAUGAAUAAAAGACCCUGA